AUGUUGGAUGGGCAGAUACCAGAAGAGUUCACUAAGCUCGUCGCGCUACAAAAUCUGAACCUCUCUUGCAAUAAUUUGAGUGGACACAUUCCCACAAACAUUAGUGACCUGAAAAACUUGGAAUCUCUUGAUCUUUCUAGAAACAAACUAUCAGGAACCAUCCCUCCGGGCAUAUCCAACAUGGACUUCCUUAGUCAUCUGAAUCUAUCCUUCAAUAGACUCUCCGGCCCCAUUCCGUUUGGUAGCCAUCUGCGCACCGUGGAUGAUGAAUCUGUUUAUCGCGGCAACGACGGACUUUGUGGAGCUCCUCUUCAGAAGAUUUGUCCUGGAGACGAGCCACCCGGUACUGACAGUGAUCCUUCGGGUGGAGAUAACCCUAGCGAUGAUGAUUUGGAUAUCCACAAUUGGUUCUAUGCAGGAUUGGGACCGGGUUUUACAGUGGGAUUUCUGGGAUUCUGUAGCAUCUUGUUCAAGCGAUCUUGGAGGGUCUCUCACUUCCGACGAUUGGACAAGGCCAUUGAGAAAUUCUCAAUGACAAAGAUGAUCACCAUGCUUCGGUUCAAGAGAACAUUUGUACGACGCGAACAGGAGCUUGUUCAACAGGUAAAACUGGCCCCUUUCCUGCUAACCAAUUUCUCGCAUCUUUUCAAGGUUGAAGCCAUUAUUGACUAUAUUUGGCAUCUGUAA